AUGACCACUCUGGCCAGCGGAAUCAAGCUGGACAGCAGCCCCUCUGAGGCCGAGCUCAAGUCCCUGGGCGUGACCAGCUGGCCGACCUGGGGCUGCGAGGCCUCCAACUUCCCCUGGUCCUACUCCAGCACGGAGACGGCGUAUGUGCUGAAGGGGCGGGUCAUCGUCACCCCCGAUGGCGGCGAGCCGGUGGAGGUGAAGGCCGGUGACCUGGUGACCUUCCCGGCGGGCAUGAGCUGCACGUGGGACGUCAAGGAGGCAGUCCACAAGCACUACAAGUUUCAUUGA